AUGCUGUCCACCAGCCAGCCCAUUGAGCGGUGCGAUCACGGCUACGGUUACGGCGCCAUGCCACCUCAAUACCAAGGAGACUACGGCGUAGCUCCAAUGCAACACCCAGGAGCUUACGGUGGAGCUCCACCGCAGGUAGCCUUCAGCCCACAAGACUCUUACGGUAUGCCUCAGCAUCCAGGAGCCUACGGUGGGCAGCAGCUUGAUCCGUACGGCGGAUACCAAGGAUACCAACAACAGCCUUCCUCUGACAUGGAUGAUUCGGGGAUACCUUACUACACGGACCAGUUUGCGCCACAGCAGGCUUACGGCGCCCAAGGCUAUGGUGCAAUGCCCGGACAAACGCAGCUAGGAGGCGGAGAGUACGAGUCACAAUCUGGUAUGACGACGCACGGCGUUACUGGCGUGAGCGAGAUGACGACAGCUACGCACCCGACUUCUUCAUCACGGACUGGAGUGAGCACAACAGUGCAAGGCAUUGAAGGAGGAAGUGCGAAGCGGGCCUUCACCCUCAUGCUGGGCGGCGCUACGGUUGUCUUCAUCGGCAUCAUUCUGGUCAUCGCCGCUAAGCUUUUGCUUCUCAAGAGGACAGAGGGUGCGGUGAAAGUAAUCACGACUCCGAAGCCGGUGAAAAAAGUGAAUCUCAACUUGCGGCCGCCUCUGCUGUUUUGCACCCUGGGCUACAACUUCGAGGACGAAAAGGACUUGAAUGCCGUUCCGUGCGACUAUUUGAUCUACUCGGACUUGAUCGCCCACAACGCGACGUUCUAUCCCCUCUACGGUCUGCGAAGCUGGAAUGCCUACAUAACCGCGCUCUCAACAGCUACAGGAUGCACCGGUGGCAUCAGCUUCUCGCUAUCCGAAGGCAUCGGGCCAAACAGCACAUUCGAUGUAAUCGAGGACCGGGACUACAUAGUCAAGGCGUACGUCACCCAGGGGAUGCUAGCCUUGGGCACGUUCGACUACGAACCCACCGCCGGCGUUCCGCUCCCUAAGUUGAAGAACUUUUUCAAGUACCUCAACAAGACGCUGCCGCCGCUGGGGAUUAAUCCGCAUUCGAUGGUCUACCUUGGCGUCAUCCUUGCCACCAACGUAAUUGCCGACUCAUUCAUCUCUGAGGUCUCAGAAAUACUCGAGAUCGGCACCCUCGUCCUGCAAACGCACAUCACGCUCAGGGAGGCGCAUCUCGGAGGCCACACAGAUUGCCACACCUACCCGAUCAGCGCCGUUGGCAUCAAGAACCUCGCCAACAACACCGUGCCCAGGCUGGAGGUGGCCGAGCACGCGCUGAACUUGAGUCGCAGCUUAGGAGACAAGUUUCGCAUCGUGUUCUCCUCCACCAUGGGCGUCAUGGUGUACAAGCAGAUGCAGGGCCAGUUUAUUCAACGUUUCCGGCAGCCGUGCUCAACGUGGAACAUGGGUGACUAUGACGUCACUUGCGACCCCGAGUUGGAGAAGAAGCUCGAUGAAAGCGACCUAGCAUCGUACGCCACUGAGAAGAAGGGCAUGUACCUGUUCUCCUUCGAAGAUGAGAAGUCGCUCACGAUGAAGAUGGAGAGGUACCUGCCCUCCAGUUCGGACGGCUGGUGCCUGUUUGAUGUACACCGGGACGUCUACUGGACCUGCAACUUGCAAAUCCCUGCGACUGCUACCCCGGACAAACCCUUCGAAAUUAAACAGUCACCCGAACCUAUGAAGCGCGUCAAGAAAGUGAAAAGCUUGAUGGCAUCAAUAAAGCGAGAAGGAACAGCAACAACAACGCCCAAACUGCCCCGACCAGCCCUUCGAGCCAAAGAAUCGACAUCCCAGCAGAGUGCAGACUGCCUGGCGCCGGUGAACCUGUCAUUCUACAAAAGCCUUCGCCUGUACGAGUUCGAGACGUCGGCGGACGCGCGCGAGCCCCAGGCGAUGAGAGUCAUCUAUGCGUACUGGCCGCUUCAUCGCCUCCAUCUUUGCAGCCGCCAGGGUGCCCAAGGGUGA